AUGAAGCGCGCCUGCAGCCCCGAAAGCAGCCAAGAAAGCAGCCAAGAAAGCAGCCAAGAAAGCAGCCCAGAACAUGAGCUGGAACAAACAUCUGGACAUGACCGACCAAUCCUUGCAAGCUUAAGCGCAGCUGUAUCACCACCACCAAGGAGAUCUCCAAACAGGAAAAAUCAGGAUGGGAGAGAUACGUCCUCAUCCAACACACCACAAUCCAAGGCCACGCCAAGCCUUGCCGCUAUAGAAGCAGGCCAAGUCCAAGUGAAAGACCAUCUAAAAAUUAUAUCCACAAAGUUGAACCAAUGCAUACGUCCACCGAGACAGUCAUUCCCCCAACUACCGAUUGUAGAAUGGGCCGAUCUAUACAGGCGCAACGAACACCCAGAAGGCCGUCACUUCGUCAUCCAUCAGCACGACCACCCUGUCGCAGGUCCGCAUUAUGAUCUCCGACUGCAGAUCUCAGAGACGAGUUCUGUCAGCUGGGCGAUUAUGUAUGGAAUGCCUGGUGAUCCGAAUAGUAAGCGGUUGAACCGGAAUGCGACUGAGACUCGUAUUCAUUGUUUAUGGAAUCAUCUUAUUGAGACGGCAUCACAUAAGACGGGGAGUAUGAUUAUCUGGGAUACAGGCGAAUACCAAGUCCUACCUUAUCCAAUGGAGGAACCGUCUGGUCCUGAGACAGAUGACUCGAGAUCUGAGAUCUCCGACGAGGGAUCAGUUCGACCGUCUGUUCCGCUGGAAAAGCAGAUAUCUGAUAGUGCAAAGCUGCACCAAGCGUUCCAAAAUGGCAAAAUCCGAUUACGACUACAUGGAACCCGCCUACCGAAGAACUACACAAUCGCCCUCCGCAUGGACAAGACAACCAAUUACCAAAAACCAAUCCGCCAAGGCCCAAAACGGCGCCGACGCCACGUUUCCACAAUUAAAAUCCUACGAGCGCCAUCCACCUCAGACUCGGAAAGGAGCUCACCGCCACCCCCUGAACCCGACCGAACCGCCUCAUCACCUGCAUCAACACCAAGAACCAACCAAGACCGAUCCAGACUACCAAGAUCGAAAUCAGAUUCAGAGAAUGGCAACGGCAGUCAUUCCGAGCACACCACAGACCUGGACAUUCAACUCAAAAACGCCUACCCGGGCUCCACAAAUAGUAUCGGCUCCAUCCACCAACGACGCUGGUAUCUCAGUCUGGACCGUGUGAAUUCGGGAUUUGAGCCGAGUUCAGAGCGGAUACAUUCAUCAUCUAGUAAGCCGAAGGCGAAGGUGAAGGUCUGGGGCCGGAGGUCCGACGGGGGCUUUGAGGCGUUUCAUGUGCACGGGCCGGAGGAGGAGCGGAGUGUUGUUACCGGGAGAUUGGGGAUGCAUGUUCUUGAGGAUGAGGGUGUGAAUGGGUUUGUGGCUAGACAGGGGUGGAGACCUGUCUUGCAUUAG